GUUCAGAUUUGACACGCGCUAGUAUCACAAACAUGGCGCUCCUUCGGAGGUAUGGCUGAUUACACAAUUAUGUGACACCCCUCAAGCUGCUUGAAAUUCAACAAUCCGGAACUUACAAGACGACAGGAUUCCUGUUUUUGUUGAAGAUUUAUCUUGACAAAAAAAAUCAAAAUCUGGUAAAAUGCCAAGAUAUUCAAGGUCACCAAGACAUCGCCGCAGGAGAUCUUAUUCCAGCAGCGUCAGUUCACAAUCCAGGUCCAGAUCCAGGUCACCUCUGAGAGGUAACCCCAAGUACCACCCUCAUGGCAAGAAGACCACUAGGGGGCGCUCAUAUUCCCGAUCCCCACCAAGGAAGGACCAUGGGUCAAGCUAUAAGAGUUCCUCCUCAAAGCAACGAGGAGGCAGACGCUCACGCUCUUACACCCCUGAGAAACGUCACUACGGUGGAUCAACGAGCAAGGCUAAGUCCAGGUCUCGGUCUCCAUCUCAUCGAAAUAAAAGAUACAGGUCGCCCAAGAGAUCACCUCAGCGAGGUGGACGAGAGGCCAUCCGCCAACAAAAUGAAAGUGCUAAUUACGGACGAGAUGAGCAGGCUGACUCCCACUCAGGCUACCAAGAGGGUACAGGUCAGUUGCACCAAGACAAGCAAGUCAGAGACUUUGAAGGACCUCAACUUCCUCCUGGCCAUAAUGUUUACAGAGAGGAGUAUGGAAAAGGAGUCCAGGCACAAGACCAGUUACCUCAGGCCUCCCGCGAUGUGGUCUAUGACAGGGGCAAUAGUCAGCCAGGAGGCAGCCAGUCCAAAUUGUCCCACAGCCAGCCUUCGGAGAGGUCCUACUCUAAGGAGAUGAAAUAUGAAGCUGUGUCUCCAGAUGAUCUACGCUUCUCUCCCAAGUCUGCCCAACAUAGUGAAUCGCCCUACGACCGCAAGAUCUCCAAACCUAAGGCAGAAUACUAUCAAGUCCAGGAGAAGUACAGCAAGCUGGAUGCCUCAGGCCAGGGCAACAAACCAGCCAUGCCUACCGAGCCCCAAAAUGCCAAGAUGGCCCCUGCUCCUAUCAUCAGGCCAAUAUUUGACCCCUACUCAGUGAAGAUCCCCCGCCGUAAGGACGAGGGCCUGACGGAAAUAUUUGAUCGGCCAGAACUGAAGGCCCGCUUUGCUUCUGAGCAGCUGCCUCCUGAUGGAGGCCCGGAACCCCAGAAGAAAGAGCCAGUGGUGUAUCGGCAAGAUGUACACUUCACCGGCACUCUGCCGAGCGGUGCCCUCCCACCUCAGGCACAAAGCUUCAUCGAAAAGCGAGAGCCUGUGAUCUUGGGCUUUGAGCCUAGGCGGGAAACCUACCAGGGCCCCAGCUUCCAGUUUGCCCCCAGAGUCAUCCAGAUGGGUCUUGACAACCAGUACCCAGCUCAGCCUUCGACAUACCAGGUUCAGCCUCUGGAUCAAUAUGGACCACCCAAGGAAGUCCAGCCCCAGCCAGACUUUAACCGGCAGGCCAUGUUUGUCCAGAACACACCACCUGUCAUGCAGGAUAUGCCUCAGAGUCCCAUCUCCUACCAGUACCCGCCAGAUGACAUGCCCGAUAUUAAAGGCCCACAUGACCUGAGGUAUGAUCUAGACUCACGCCGGAAGCAGAUGGAACAACAGCAGCAGCAGGGGCAAAUGAGAAGCUUGUCUCGAUCCCGUUCCCGAUCCAGGUCUCGCAGGAGGAGUCCCAUGUCCAGGCAGCGCUCACGCUCCCGCUCCCGUUCCCGCUCGCCAUCACAUCAGUAUAAGACAUCUUCAUACCGUCAUGGGCGUUCUCGAUCCCGAUCUGAGGAUCAACGUUCCCGGGACCGCAGACCUGUUCGAGAGCGGCUUGGUAACGUCUCCAAAGGAUCUGAAGACAGCUCUUUCUCUGACGGCAAUGAAGGUGGGAAGUCACUCAACUGGAGUAGGAAGCAGGCAUUUUACCAUCAGCACGACCGCCGAGAAGACCGUUCCAGGUCAUCUGACCGCGACUCGGUUGAACGUAACGGCAAGUACCGUGGUGCAAUGCGCGGUACCGGUACAUACCGCGGCGGACGGGGACGAGGACGAGGCUACCUAGGCAAGAACUUCAUCCCAGGCUACGACCGCAGCAACAACCGCGGCAACAACCGUGGCUACAACCGAGGCUACAACCCCGGUGUGAGGGGAAGAUACACUCCCAGAGGGCGGGGCUUAUUUGGCGGUAGCGGAGGUAGUAGGAGUCUAGCGUGGACCCAUGACAUGUUUGACAAGGAGAAGGAGGAGACUCAGGAAGGGGAAGGCAAGAAGGAAAAGAAGAAGGCCAAGAAUGACAAGGGAAAAGAGAAGAAGUCUUCUGUGAAACAGAAAUCCAAGACAGUGAAGAAAGCAAAGAAAGUGAAGAAGAGUCCCAGCAGGUCCGAGUCAGGCCAGAAAAACAAAGAGGUUUCCCAUGCACCAGAGUCGACCAACACCACAUCUUGAGCUGUGACAGAACACAGGGUGCCAGACCCUUUGCAGAUGUUCUACGUUUGACAUGUUCUGCUUCCCGAUUGUGAAUUGGAAAUGAACCAGAGGUACAUUUUGAUGACGCUCUGAAUACAUGUACAAACUCCUUUAGAAAGAUCCAAACCGCCUUGAAAUAGGUAACUCUGAUCACACUUGCUAUCUCAUUGCAAGACAUUGAUCUGGUACUUGAUGGUCACUCUUGAUGGUGUGUACCAGUGAAGCUGGUUUGUGCAUUGGAAGAUCAUAUGUGACAUUGGAAGUGGAACCAGUGUAGGCUGCUGAUGUGGCAGGGCACCAGUCUUCAAGGCAAACCUUUGUGAGUUGAGAAAAUGUCAGGGUUCCUCCAUUGGUAGGAGUGGUAAAAUGAGUUUAGUUCUGAUUUUCUUUUUCUAAUAAUGUUAGCUGAAUUAAUUCAAGUUUAUUGUAAAUAUAUUUUCAGUGGUAGAUUUUGUUUUAGAAAACCACAAUUUAGUGAAACUAGGUAAAAAGUAAGCCAUCUUCCCCCCCCCCUGUUUUUUUAACCCUUUUACUCUUCACGUAGCAAAGUAUUCUGUAUUCUGAUUUUUCUAACUUGGAAAGGACACAGUAUGAUGCUAGGUGAUACUAUUCAUCAAAGGAGCGUGUACAUUGCACAUUUUUUGUCCUUUUUUUUCAAGCUUUUAACUUAAGUUGAAGAGCUGCUGAUGCCCCUCAUGUCUGUAUUCCCCUUCUCCACAACUGCUAGGUAGUCGAGUUCAUCACAAGUCCAUUCAUAAAUCCAGUCAUGUGUAGCAGGGGCUGAACAGAACAAACGAAUGGCUGCUCCACAGUUCAUUCAAACAGCUUGUGACAUGACUUGAUGCAGGAUGACUUGUGAUGGACUUGUGAUGGCCUCGCCAGUAUACAAACAUUGCUGCUUUGUGUGGUCUUGUUGGUUGUUGACAGGAUAGGUCUUUUCACACAGUUGCCUUGUCUAUACCCAUCUUGAAAUAAAAACUUGUCCUACGUAGAAUUGAGAUUUCCUACCUCUCAACCCCGGUCCUAACCAGGGUUGUAUUUCACUCGUGUAGAGCUCCAGACCCAUGUAGAAACCAUGUUGGAUUCUUGCUAGCGUGAAAGGGGUUCCAGAAAUCUCUGUGUUGGACUUGGGGCCAACAUGGAGAUUAUAAACAGCUCUUCUAGGACAUCGUGAUUGGACAUGGCAUUUUUUUAGUAAUAAUUAAAAGGUCUGGGAAUAUCAUUCGGGGCCCAUCUCUCUUUUUGUGAAGUUAUUCCCGGCACAUGUACACAACAGUACUCUGAGCAUUGUGGACAUCAUUUAACCGUAGUCAGUCGCCAAAAAUGAAUUACUGGAAGCUCUUCGUAAGCUUGGUAAACUACUAGUGUAUAGUAAAACAGAAAUUUGUGAUCAUUUUUUAUCACACUUAUCAUGAAUGCCCCUUCACAUUUGUAGUUACAACCUUUACACAGUGAAGUACACGUAGGUACCCCGGUAUGUAUACUGGUAGCCAUUUUAAUUUCAUGCUUGCCUUUGUUGUGAAUAAAAAAUGUAUAUUGUGCGCAGUUGAA